AUGUUUGAAAAAAUAAGUGAUUCUUCAAAAGUUCGUCGGAGAAAAUUAAAAGUUUAUGAAAAAUUUAUGGCAUCAUUUGAAAAUCCAAAUUUCACAAAUGACAACAACAAUAGUUCAAAUAAUGAAAAAAAUGUAGAUGAUAAUGACAUGCCAAUUAAAAUGUGUCAAAUUAGAAAAAAUUCUACUUUUGAUGAUGAUAUUAUAUAUAUUGUAGAUGAUCAUAAUGGUGUUAAACAAUCAUCUUACGUUUUUUUAGCACAAGUUACUUUUCCUUUUAUAAUUGCUGGAUUAGGUAUGGUAUUUGCAGGAACAUUGCUUGAUGUAGUUCAACAUUGGCCAUUAUUUAAAAAUAUUCCUGAAAUUUUUAUACUAGUUCCUGCUUUACUAGGAUUAAAAGGAAAUUUAGAAAUGACUUUAGCAUCUAGAUUAUCAACAUUAGCAAAUACUGGUAAAAUUGAUGAUGAAGAAAAAAAAGAUAAAAUUUUAUUGGCAAAUGUAGCAUUAAUACAAACUCAAGCUAUUGUUGUUGCAUUUUUAGCAUCAACAAUUGCUAUUGUUAUAGCAUGGAUAUCAAAUGGUACAAUAGAUUGGGCUCAUGCUUGUCUUUUAUGUGCUUCAAGUUUAACUACUGCCUCAUUUGCAUCAAUAGUUUUGUCUAUUAUAAUGAUAAUUGUUAUUUUAACAGCUAAAAAAUUUAAUAUUGAUCCAGAUAAUAUUGCAACACCAAUAGCUGCAUCACUUGGUGAUCUUAUAACAUUAACAAUAUUAUCUUGCUUUGGUUCUUUUUAUCUUAAAGCACAUGAAACAGAAUCAUGGCUUAAUUUAAUUGUUAUUAUUUUAUUUAUUUGUUUUGCACCAUUUUGUGCAUUUGUAGCAUAUAAAGAAAAUACAACAAAUCAAGUUUUAUUUCAUGGAUGGACUCCAAUAAUUUUAUCAAUGAUUAUUAGUUCUGCUGGAGGAUUUGUUUUAGAAAAAGCUGUUAAAAAGUUUCCACAAACUGCUGUAUUUCAACCAGUAAUUAAUGGUGUUGGUGGUAAUCUAGCAGCUGUUCAUGCUUCUAGAAUAUCAACAUUUUACCACAAAUCUCAUUCAGCUUUAGGAACUAUGCCAUAUAUGUAUAAUGUUCGCAAAUUUUUUAGUAUUCAUCGAGCAUUCUUUUCAAAUGAUUGGGAUGCUAGGGUAGCUAGAGUUCUACUUUUUUUAGUUAUUCCAGGUCAUAUUUUUUUCAAUUGGAUUAUAAAACUUUUACAAUUUGGUAAUGAAAAUGCAACAAAUUCUUCAUUAUUUACAACAUUUUAUUUACUUGCAGCACUUUUACAAGUGUUUAUUAUACUAUACAUAUCACAAUUUUUAAUUGCUUUCUUAUGGAGUAAAUCAAUUGAUCCUGAUAAUGCAGCAAUUCCAUAUUUAACUGCAUUUGGUGAUUUAACAGGAACAUUAUUAUUAUAUAUAGCAUUUGAAAUUUUGGCACUAAUUAAUGAUAAAGCAAUUAAAAUAGUAGUCAAUUAA